AUGUGUGAGCUGCCUGAGCACCAAGUGGAAGUGUUACUGGGACCAAGAGAACCACCUGUGUGUCUCCAAUAAAGAUGAGUCAAAGCACGACCUGCUGGAGAACGCUGCUUCCUGUCCCAGCCUGGUUGCCUCAGAGGUUCCUCCAUCACCAUCAGGAAUGGCCCAGGACUUCACCGUAUCCAUCAGCAACAUCCAGGAGGGGGAGGGGCUGGAGUGUGACUUUGGGACGGAGCCACGAUAUGAGGCCACAUGGCUGAACAGCUCGACUGUCAAGUGCACUGGAGUUACACUGUCCACCACUCAGAGGAGUCAGGUUUAUCACCUCAACCUGAGGAGGAGAGGAUACUCUAAUGGACCGGGGGUGGAUAUUUUUGUCGACAGCCCUCAGCCCAUGAUAGUGGAGGUGUACAACUGUAAAGUGGGCAGUUCGGACUGUUCCCAGUGCUGGGGCCGGGAGGAUCAGGGUCACCUCUGUGGCUGGUGUGAAAACAGCUGUAAGCUGAGGGAUGACUGCCAGUCGAUCAUGAAUCAGUGUCCAGCUCCCGAGAUCCACAAGAUCUUCCCCCUGAGGGGUCCAGUGGAAGGAGGCACCCUGCUGACAGUACAGGGCAGGAACCUGGGCCGGAGGGCUGAGGCAGUAAUGGUAUCUAUUGGACAUGAGCCAUGUACUCUCCGGCCUGACCUCUACACCGUUUCUGUAGAGCUGGUGUGUGUCACUGGACGGUCUGCACAUGAGGAGAGGACAGAUAUUGUUCAAGUGCAUGUGGAUGAGGGUGAGAUGGGGAUGUCAAAGGAGAGCUUCUCAUACUUAAUCCCAAAGAUGCUGUCCAUGGAGCCGAAGAAGGGCUCUCGAGCUGGAGGAACUAGGGUGUCUAUCAGGGGGGAAAACCUGGACAUUGGCUCUCUGGUCCGAGUCAUGGUCAACAACACACUGGAAUGUAUCAUCACCGAGAAAACAGAUGAGACCAUUGAGUGCACCAUGCCGCCAGCCUUACAGGCACACACUGACUCAGUGACAGUGUGUGUGGAGUUUGAAAACAAUCCCUGUCAAAGCACAGAGCUCAGCGCCACCUACACUUAUGAGAAGAACCCCACCAUCAGCUUCAUUCACCCUAAAAAGAGCUACCUCAGUGGUGGCAGGACCAUCACAGUGACAGGCCGCGGUUUUGAUCUGGUGCAGAGCGUCACGAUGCAGGUGCUGGGAAUUGGACAAACACACUGCACAGUGGUCUCCCCCUCCAUGAUCACCUGCCCCUCCCAUGCAUCUAGCCAGUCGCAGCAGACCUCAGUGCAGUUUUUCUUGAAUGGAGUCCUCUACACGGGUGACAGCCCCUUUUCUUCUGACAGCGAGGUAGAGGAAGAGGAGGGGGAGCCUCAUAAAGGUCACUUCCUGUUGGAGUACGUGGAGGACCCUCAGUUCUUCACUGCCAACAAGGAGAAGCUGAUUAAACACCACCCAGGAGAGCCACUGACGCUCGUCAUCAAC